UCAGACGGUGAAACCUGGGCCUGGUGGGCCUCGGAUGACUGACACGUGGCUGUCGAUCUGGUCAUUAAAGACGCUUACUUUGCCGUGUUUGGCUUAAUGAUUGAUGUAGAUUGCUGUUCAUGCUCGUGAAAGUUGUUCUCUUUCGUUAUAAUUGAAUUUAUUGUUCUUUCACGGCAGUCGUAGAUUUUUCUUUAGGAUUCGUAGAUUUUCCAAAUUGCGAAGGGGCCUUGUACUGAGUUUAAGAAUGAAGUCUUAUUGAUGGCUAAGCUUGAACACCGGAAUCUAAUCAGACUUCUGGUCUAUGAGUUCAUACCGAAUAUGAGUCUUGAUCGCUUCUUAUUUGAUCCUAUCAAGCGUGAGAGAUUAACCUGGGAAAAGCGAUACGAUAUCAUCGUAGGCAUUUCACGUGGAUUGCUUUAUCUUCACGAGGGAACUCAUCUUCCCAUUAUUCAUCGAGAUCUCAAGGCUUCCAACGUCCUCUUAGACGAGCAAAUGCAGCCCAAAGUUUCAGACUUUGGCAUGGCGACGCAAUUUGAUUUCGAUAAAACCCAGGAAACAACGAGAAGAGUCGUUGGAACUUAUGGAUAUAUAUGGCUCCAGAGUACGCAAUGCAUGGAAGAUUCUCGGUUAAGACAGACGUUCACAGUUUCGGUGUUCUUGUUCUUGAGAUCAUCAUGGGUCAGAGGAACAACGGCUAUGGACAUGGAGAAAACACAGACCAUCCAAGCCCUGCUUGGACAAGUUGGAUUGAAGGAACAUUACUGAUGAAUCUUGUUGAUCCUUUUCUGCAAUCUUUUUCGGAGAAACAAGUGGUUCGAUGCAUAGAAAUAGCUCUCUUAUGUGUUCAAGAAAAUCCGAUGAAGAGGCCGACAAUGGCUUCUAUUGUUUCAAUGCUUAGCCACGAGUCUCUGCCGCUCCCAACGCCAUUACCGAAGGAUAUUCCUCUGUCUGUAAAUGAUGUUUCUGUCACAGCGUUGUCUGCACGUUAGUGUCUGUAAAAUAUGGAUUAAGAUGGUGUAACUGAGUUAAUUAGUUGUUAAAUGGAUUAAUGAGUUGAUUUAGUACUUCGGCCAUUAUUUUAUUCUCCGUGACAAAAAACGUUCCUUCGUAACUUGUGCAUCGAGGGCGAGAGGCAAGCUAUCUUCUUCUUCUUCAUCUCUGCUAAUCUAUGGCUAUGGCCGUUACCCUGCGAAGAUUAGUCUCAGCUUCAGUACGUAAUUCUCUUCACAACGUCCUCUUGAGCAAACCCCUUAUCGGACGGCAACCUUGCCUUCCAUUGAUUUGUCGGAAUUUGUCUGCUUGCUCUGAUCAUCAAAGUGGGUCCGAAGCGGUAAACGUUUCUCAGAGCAUCGGGACGAGUGGCAGUGUCGUUAAUGAAGAGUUUUUAAGAUGGCGAAAUGGAGGAGGGACUUGCCAUAGAUCAGCAUUAGUUGAUCCCACGGCUCUAGUGGAGAUUGGAGCUAUAGUUCACGAAAAUGCUGUCCUGGGUGCAGACGUCCAUGUAGGAACUGGGACUGUAAUUGGGCCAUCUGUUAAAAUCGGUCGCUCCACGAAAAUCGGAUAUAAUGUUUCAGUCAGCAACUGCAGCAUUGGUGAUUUAUGCGUUGUUCACAAUGGGGUUUGUAUAGGUCAAGAUGGAUUUGGUUUUUAUGUGGAUGAGAAGGGAAACAUGGUGAAGAAGCCUCAAACUUUAAAUGUGAGGAUAGGAAAUCAUGUGGAAAUUGGAGCAAAUACUUGUAUUGAUCGGGGCAGCUGGAGAGAUACUGUGAUUGGGGAUGAUACAAAGAUAGAUAACUUAGUCCAGAUUGGUCAUAACGUGAUCAUUGGAAAAAGUUGCUUGCUCUGUGGCCAAGUAGGCAUAGCUGGAUCGGUAAAAAUUGGUGACUAUGUAACUUUAGGAGGAAGGGUUGCUGUUCGAGAUCAUGUCUCUAUUGUAUCUAAGGUUCGACUUGCUGCUAAUAGCUGUGUGACCAGAAACAUAACUGAACCAGGUGAUUUUGGUGGCUUCCCUGCUGUUCCAAUUCACCAGUGGAGAAGGCAGAUUGUUAAAGCCCAGAUUUCGAACGGGAGAAAACUCUAGCUCCUGCUAUCCACUGGACCCAGAAAAAAAAAAUCAGAGUCGAGGUAAUUGAUUUGAGUGUAAGGUCAAUUUCUUCUGAAUUCGAUCAGUUGAGGCAUUUUUCAACAUAUAGAUGAAGAUACACCUGAUUCAACGGAUUAGACAAACAUCAGGUCCAUUUCCAAGUAAAGGAAGAUCGGAUUCACGGUCUGAAAACAGAGCACCUAGUGGACUGUAAGAAGUUGUUUGAAGGAUAGUUUGGGUUGCUUGAGGAACAAGGAAGGGUAAUGAACUGCUAGAACCCUAGGCAAUACUUGUUUACAGGACAAUGGCUUAGUUUUGCCUACGAAGCAAGUAAAUCAGAAUUUAUUUUUGUACCAAAGCAUAUGAAGAUGGGAUGGGUUAUAUAAUGUUAUCUGGAUUGUCUACGUGUGUGUAUAUAUAUGACCAAGAAUGACUUUCGCCAAAAAUAGCGGCUGAA